UCCUGUACAUGCAUACACAUCCACGGUUUUUCCAAAUGCUUUAGGUUAUAAAUAAAACUUGUAACAAACAAAAGUUUAUUUGUCUGAUAUAUAUCAUACGUGUGGUCAUCCGACUUCUUAUCUCAUUUAUAGGUAAAGAUGGCAUCUCAUGCAGAAAGAAACGCACCAUUCAUAUUUUGGUGCGUUAAGAAAAUUUGGGGAGAUCAAUCCAGUUAUCAAGUAAAUAAACCAGAGGAUAUCAAUAAAACCCCAAAUAACCAAAGCGGAAUGUACAUUUUUUACUUAGAUUCGGGAGUACAUCAAUAUCCUAUUUAUGUCGGUAUUACUGGUCGUAACUUCCGACAACGAUUUAAGGAGCACCAUGAUAACCAGACAGGUGUGAUUUACAAAUGUAAUAACGGAGAGUUUCCGAAGAAUCAACCUCCCGUGAGAUUACCAUUGAUAGCUCUUGUAGUUCCAAUUCAUUAUCCAAUGCAGUCAAAACUGAUGGAGUCUGUUUUCUUAGAAGCGUUCGACUUUUGUUUAAAUACUGAAGAAAAUGGAAAUAUCCGACUAAUUGUUGAUACUGACCAACAGUUCAAGCCAGAAGAUUCCAAGCAUAACUUUGAUAUUACGUUUGGAAAUGUAAUGAAAGAAAUUCAGGACGUGUACAAUCGAUACGAUAAAAGAUCAUAGAAAAUGUAACAGAAUCUUUUCAGCUGUACAAUAUUGACAUUUGCUCUAUAUUUUAACAAUAAAGUCUCAUAACCUCCAAAUAA